AUGGCGUUUCCGAUUCCGCAUUUUGAGGAACCGGAAGAGCCUCACACCCCUCCUCGAAAUGGCUCUUCAAAGAGUGGGGACUUGCCAUUUUGUAUGAACCCAAUUCAUAAUUAUUCCGUCCCAACUCACAAUAAUUUAUUUUAUGACCCCUCAAAACCAUUAUAUAGCACGCCAAAUGAAUCAUGUACAAUAUAUGUUGCUCAGAGUGCUGCAAAGUCUAGGCUUUAUGCCUUAAAAUCAUCGAAAUAUAUAAAAAGAAUUCGUCAUGAAGCAGAAAUGUACAAAACUAUCGGACACUGUAAAACAGUAAUGAAGUAUUAUGACACAUGGGUGCAAGGUGGUAAAGGCUUUAUUCAAAUGGAGCUAGCAACAAACGGUAGCUUGAAAAAUGAAUAUAAAGAUUUAAAUGUCAAACAAAUUUGGCAAAUUAUCGCUCACAUUUCAUCAGCUCUAUCAUUCGUGCAUUCUAAAGGAUAUAUGCAUCUUGAUGUAUCCCCUUCGAAUAUUUUACAUACAGAAAGUUCAAAAUUUGGCACAAUUUAUAAAUUAUCCGAUUUUGGAACUAUUCGGGCCCUUGGAACUUUCCAAGAAGAUGAUGAAGGAGCCGGACCUUACGUAUCUCCUGAAGCUUUAGCUUUCCCUCAUACAGAAUAUGAGGUUGGCACUAAAACAGAUAUAUUCAGUUUUGGUGUCGUCCUUUAUGAACUUAUAACGAGAAAACCUGCACCUAGAGAAUAUCCAGACUACGAAAAUUUGAGAAAUGGAACAUUUAAAUUUCCAAAAAUUCCACCGGAAUUUAGUUUCGUUACAAAAAUGUUAAACGUUAAUCCUAACGUGCGCCCUACUGCUGAAUGGAUUUCUUCCCUCGAUAAAUGUAAAGAAAUAUUGAAUAAAAUCCAAUCAGCCGAAGAAAGCCCAGUUGUUAAAUCGAAACGAGAAGUCGCAACACCAAAAAUAUCCAAUGCAAAAGUUCCGCCAGAAACACCUUAUUCAAAGAAAUAUUCUGGCAGAAAGAUUAUGUUCGAUGACGAAGAUUUCUCCAAGGAAAUUGACCUCUAG